AUUAUGAUUCUUUCAGAUGUGUUGCUCAUCUCCAUUCCAAAUACCCACCCGCUGCCCUCUCUCUGGAGUGUUCCAGCAAGAAGGAACUGAAUCGGUGAGAGGGCCAGCAGGGUAUAUAUGGGCUGAUAUACUGGCGCCACUCCAGGGGGGCUCCCCGCUGACCCUAUGGGUACUGCUGAGGGAAAAACUUCCGAUGACAUGUACAUGCUGCACACACGCACCUAAUUGGAAUGGACAUAAGCAAUACAUCUCGAAAAAUCACAGUUACGAGGCUGAGGCAUCUCCGUACUCGCUACUGGACAUCUGUUUGAAAGCGCUCACUGCUGACUUAGAGAAGUUCUGUACUGAGAGGCAAGAUGGAACACUGUGCUUGAAAGAAUCAGAAAGACUUCCUCAAGAAGUAGCUGAUCGGUUGCUGCAGACUAUGGCAUUUCAUGAGCUGCUGAAUGAUGGAACUGUGGGCAUUUUCCGUGGUAACCAAAUGCGCUUGAAACAAGCUUGCAUCCGGAAAGCAAAAAUAUCUGCAUUAUCGUUCAAAAAAGCAUUCUGCCAUCAUAAGCUAGUAGAACUUGAUGCUACAGGGAUGAAUGCAGACAUUUCUAUUGCGGAUAUUGUAAGCGGACUUGGUAGCAAUAAGUGGAUCCAGCAAAAUCUUCAGUGCCUCAUACUGGACUCCUUAAGACUCUCCCUGACAAAUCCCUAUGAAAGGUGCUUCAGUCGAUUGUCUGGUCUUCGUGCUUUGAGCAUUACCAAUGUUCGCUUCCACAAUGAGGACUUAGUGGAGAUUGCUUCACUUCCAAGGCUGGAAAGUUUGGAUAUAUCUAACACCUCUGUCACGGACAUAACACCGCUUCUCACUUGCAAGGAUCGGCUUAAGUCUCUCUCUAUGCACUAUUUGAAGUGUUUAACGAUGACAACGCCCCAAGUCUUGGAUGUCAUAAGAGAACUAAAGUAUUUGAACCACCUUGAUAUUUCGGAUGAUCAGCAAUUUACAUCUGACAUACCAGUCUCUUUAUUAAAGCAGAAAGACAUCCUACCUCACCUACUGUCUUUGGACAUUUCUGGCAGUAAAUACAUAACUGAUGAAGCUGUAGAAGCAUUUGUCAAACAGCGACCUGCAAUGCAGUUUGUGGGACUACUUGCUACUGAUGCUGGUUACUCUGAAUUCCUUUCAGGAGAAGGAAACUUAAAGGUAUCAGGAGGAGCAAAUGAGAUUCAGAUUUCUGAAGCUCUGAAGCGUUACAGUGAACGGUCAUACUUUGUGAAAGAGGCUUUCUUUCGUCUCUUCACCCAGACAUGUUUUAUGAGAAUAACUAAGCCUGAAAUCUUAAAGCUUGUGAUUAUUGGCAUGAGAAAUCACCCCUUGGACUUGGCAGUUCAGCUAACUGCUAGUGCAUGUUCUCUUAACUUAACUAGACAGGGUCUAGCAGCUGGUAUGCCUGUUCGUCUGCUGUCCGAUGUGAUCCAUUUACUACUCAAGGCUGUGGAAAACUUUCCUGAUCAGCAACAGCUGCAGAAGAAUUGCCUUCUUUUACUAUCUAGUGUCAGGAUUCUUCAAGAUGUUCCAUUUAACAGGUUUGAAGCUGCCAAACUUGUAAUGCAGUGGCUGUCUAACCAUGAAAAUCAAAAUAUGCAAAGGAUGGCAGUGAAUAUCAGCUCUAUUCUAGCUUUGAAGCUUUCAUCUGAGCAAACAGCUCAACUUAGUGCAGAGCUCUACGUCGUUGUGGGGGAACUUCUUGAAAUAGUUGAACAGAAAACAAAUCUAAAUGAAGUAGAUACUACUUUCAUGUUUACACUCAGUGCACUUUGGAAUCUCACUGAUGAAUCCCCUACCACAUGCAGACACUUCAUUGACAACCAAGGGCUAGAACUCUUCAUGAGAGUUUUAGAGUGUUUUCCAUCUGAUUCAUCUAUACAGCAUAAAGUUCUUGGCCUUCUGAACAAUGUAGCAGAAGUGAGAGAGCUUCAGUAUAAACUAAUGUGGAAGGACUUCAUAGACUGUCUCAGUGAAUUACUGUGUAGUGCUGAGAUAGAAGUCAGUUUCUUUUCAGCUGGGAUUAUUGCUCAUUUACUAUCUAGAGGCGAGCAGGCCUGGACACUGAGUCAAAUACAGAGAAAAUCUCUUAUUGAACAACUGCAUUCAACCAUUUUGAAGUGGCCAACACCAAAAUGUAAGAUGGUAGCAUUGCUUGCCUACAGAUCCUUCAGUCCUUUCUAUCUAUUACUUGAUUGCUUCACGAUACCUGGAGUUCAGCUGUGGGCAGUGUGGGCCAUACAGCAUGUCUGCUGCAAAACUCCUGCCAGGUACUGUAGUAUGUUAAUUGAAGAAGGUGGAUUGCAGCACUUAUAUGACAUCAAAGAAAGCAAUCAGACAGAUCCAGAUGUCCUGCAAAUCAACAGUGCGAUACUAGACACUGUAGAGACACACAUGAUGUACUAUGGGAGACCUAAAUUUUUAAAGAAGCCACAAACCAAAUCAAAUGGAUAGCUCCUGAUAGAACUUCAAUUUUUCCUUUAUUAUAAUUCUUCACAAACUGUAUUGGGAAGAUCUGGUACUACUGAUCAGUGC